AUGGCCGAAGCUCGUGCUAAGAAGGGUGCUUACUUUGACAAAUUAAAGCAAUUGCUUGAAGACUACCCAACUAUAUUCAUCGUAAAUGUUGACAAUGUCGGAUCAAACCAAAUGCAUCAGAUUCGUAUAAAUUUGCGAGGAGAAGGUGUCGUCCUGAUGGGUAAAAACACCAUGGUACGAAGAGCUCUCAGGCUAGGAGCCGACGACAACCCAACAUUCAACAAGUUGAUGGAAGUCGUAAAAGGAAACGUAGGAUUCGUAUUCACAAAGGGUGAAUUGAAAUCUACUCGAGACAAAAUCCUAUCCAACAGAGUGCGUGCUCCUGCCAAAGCAGGUGCCGUAGCUCCAGUAGAGGUCGUCAUCCCAGCUGGUAAUACAGGAAUGGAACCCGGUAAAACAUCCUUCUUCCAAGCUCUAGGUAUCCCUACAAAGAUUGCUCGUGGUACUAUUGAAAUCGUAAACGAUGUACCAAUCAUCAAGGCCGGUAACAAGGUCGGAGCCUCAGAAGCUACAUUGCUCAAUAUGCUCAACAUCUCUCCUUUCACUUACGGAAUGAGUAUUACAUCUGUAUAUGAUAUGGGUACCGUCUUCCCACCGUCUGUAUUGGAUAUUGACCCAGCACAAUUCAUCGAAAACAUGAGCACUGGUGCAAAGAUUUUGGCUUCCAUCUCUAUGGCUUUGGGCUUGAUCAACAAGGCUUCUCUACCAGUUAUCGAAAAGAAUGCUGUAUCAUUCUUCAAACAGGGUGCCAGAAAAGUCGCUGCCUUGUCAUUCGCUCUCAACAUCCCAACAAAGGCUUCAAUCCCACAUAUGCUUGUCCACGGUUACAAGAACGUGGUCGGUGUAUCUCUCGUGUCAGACUACAAGAUCAAAGCUGCCGAGAAGUUUGCUUCAGCUGCCGUCGCUGUCGCUGCUGCCCCAGCGGCUGCUGCUCCUGCCAAGAAGGAAGAAGCCAAAAAGGAAGCUCCAAAGAAGGAAGAACCGAAAGAAGAAGAGGAAGACGAAGAUGGUGGAUUCGGUGGUCUCUUCGAUUAA